GACAGACUCUAGAAGAUGCGAUCCAAAUCGAAAGCCCGAAAAUUCACUCAAGAUGGGACUGAUGAAGAAUACGAAACAGUUGAGGAUGCGCAUGAUGAAAUGAAUCCAGCAUCCGCUUCCGGUGAAAUAAAAUCCGAAUAUUUACCUGUCUACAUCCCGGAAGAUAUUCACAUCCCUGACCAGUUUGAGUUGUUAGAGUCCCAUGUUUUUCCUGGACUUGGGGUUUGGACCAAACAGUCCAUACAGAAAGGAGAGAAGAUGGGACCGUUCAUUGGAACCUUCAAAUCAACGCUUAACAACCCGUUGUAUUCCUGGAAGGUUUUGAAUGAAAAAGGAGAAAUAAAAGGGUGGAUUGAUGCAAGUGAAACAGGAACCGGAAACUGGAUGAAAUAUAUACGGAGUAGCACACGCUCGGAAAGCCAAAAUCUGAUGGCCGUUCAGACAGAGGAAGAAAUAUACUAUAAAUCAAUGAGAGAUAUACUUCCGGGCGAGGAGAUGCUGUUGUACCCCUCAGACCCUGUUUGUCGUCUGGACACCCCAGAUUUCUCCAAACUUGACGAACAAGGUGAAACAAAUUACCCAUGCGACUGUGGUGAAGUUUUCAGGUCUAAGAUCGCCUUAGCACGACACCAGACUUACGCCUGUACCCACAGCAGCCACGUACAAAACAUUUCUCAGAAAAUGUCCAUCGACAAGAUUCCGGAAGAGGAGACAAAAGAAUCGAAAAGUGUAGUGAAUGGGGAGACUGACCUGUCUUCUGAAGCACCAGAGGCCGGGGACCAGGGAGAGUUCAAAUGUGACGAGUGUCCGAGGUCAUUCCAGUGGAAGUCCAACCUUAUCCGUCAUCAGAUUACCCACGAUUCUUUAAAGAAAUUUAGCUGCGAGAACUGCGACAAGAUUUUCACUGAUCCAAGCAAUCUACAGCGCCAUAUAAGAUCUCAGCAUGUUGGUGCAAGAUGCCAUGCAUGUUCAGAGUGUGGAAAGACUUUUGCGACAUCUAGCGGACUGAAGCAGCAUCAGCAUAUCCACAGCAGUGUUAAGCCAUUUCAGUGUGAAGUCUGUCUGAAAGCAUACACCCAGUUCUCCAACCUUUGCCGCCACAAGAGAAUGCACGCCGACUGUCGCCAACAGAUCAAAUGCAAAGAUUGUGGACAAGCCUUUUCUACCGUUACUUCUUUGAGCAAGCAUAAACGAUUCUGUGAAGGCGCUCUAAGGAAUGGAAUUCAUCUUGGAUUUCCUUCCGACAAGAUCAACCAACUGAGCAUGCCUAAUGCAGUAACUCCCUCUCCUCUGAAUCCAGCUCUGUACAUGGGGAUGUAUCGGCCUCCGUAUCCAUUCUACCCUCCACUUGGAGCCUCAUUUCCAGUAUUCCCUGGCAGUCAUCCAUUCACUGGAUUGACCUCUCCUAUUUCACCUUCCAGUCCCUCAAAGAUGUCUCUACAAUCAACCUCUCCUUUGGGAAAAGCUGUCAUUCCUCCACAUCUCUCACCCCGUGAGCGAAUGUUUGAUCGUCAUGCCGAGGGAUCCGGUCGUCAUUCCGUAAACUCCAACUCAAACGAUUCACCCUUAAGUUCUGGCAGUGAAUCCGACCACAGUUCAGCUUCAGAUGCUGAAAGUGAGAGCAGCUCCUCCAAACGACCUAGGAUCAAGUCCCCAUCUAGAGGAUCUCCUCAUCAACCUUGGUUGCCAUUUAGUCAUCACACUUCUGUUAAGACUGAGAGACACUCACCAAAAAUUCCGGAACAGCCUUCUCCAGUUAACGAUAAAGAAGACAAAAAACGAGAUAUUCCAUUUGAUCUAUCUAAAACAAACAAGUCACGCUCCCCAUCACCAGCACAUUCUAGCUCUACCGUAUCGCCUAGACCAUCAGGAGAACAACCUCUUGAUUUAACUCGAAAAGCUCCGAAAGAAACAACACCCCCUGAAAACACCAGAAAAACUCAUAUAUUUGGGAUGCCAUGCUCCGCCUCAGAUUCCAAACUUCAUUAUGCCUAUCCACAAUUUGGUACUCCAAAUCUAAUAAUGGAUCAUCUACGUUUAGGAAAAGAAAAGUUCCAACAAUCGCUUCAUGAAGCCUCCAAAUUCAUGCCAUUCUCUCGUUUUCCAAUGAGCAGCUCUUCCUAUGUCGCUGCUGCUAUGGGACAAUUUGGGACCAUCAAACGUGAAAGUGAAGAAAAGGGUUUGUCAUCCAUGAUGGACAAACUACCCGACACUUUCCCGUACUCUUCAAGUGGUAGCAAAGUAAAGGAGAGAUAUGGAUGCAAGUUUUGUGGAAAAGUAUUUCCACGAUCUGCCAAUCUGACUCGUCAUCUUAGAACCCAUACUGGAGAACAACCGUACAAAUGUAAAUACUGCGAGAGGUCAUUCAGCAUUUCCUCUAACCUCCAAAGACACGUCAGAAACAUCCACAACAAGGAGAAACCAUUCCGAUGUACACUCUGUGAUCGAUGCUUUGGACAACAAACCAAUUUGGACCGCCACUUGAAGAAACAUGAGACUGAGGGACCAAAUGUUCGGGAUUCUCCAGUUGCUGAACCAGAUUUAGAAUCCAAGGACGAAUCUUAUUUUGCUGAAAUCAGGAACUUCAUCGGUAAAGCCACGGAUCGAGAACUCAACAUGCCGGUCAUCAACGAUAGCCAUCCCCCUAAUCAACAACACGUGGAUCAUCAUCCGAGAGAUAAUAAAAUUGACGAUGCUGACGAUGAUGUUGAAGAUGAUGAUGAGGAAGAUGACAUUAUGGACGACGAAGAUUUAGAGAGUGACAGAAUGGACGGCAGCUCCCGUGGCAGUUCUCCUAUCAAAUAAACAUUAGUGUUGUUCAACCUCAUAUUGUACAUACUUCAUUCGCCAGACAGAGGGACCAAUCUACGAUGGUGUUUUUGCCUUCGUUUAAUUACUUUUGACCAAUCAGAUUAACUUAUUCAAAUCGUCACGUGUGCAGGAGGUUGCAGAGGACCAAUCAUAUCGCGAGUGUUUGUGUGUGAACUUGAUCUGUCUCCUUCAGGACUUUUCCUGAGAUGACUUAUGAAUACAAUGCCGCUUGUAUGCAGUUUAUAUCAGUGUGUCACGUGUGUGUUUGUGUGCUUUACAGUGUAGCCAUAUUUAAAUUAUUUAUUUAUUUUUUCAUUUUGUCCUCCACUUUUACGAAAAUAAACAAAAUACAUAA